UAAUGGAGAUGUGAAGCUGGCUGCAGAAACAUCCCCAUUGAAGUGCCUGUAUAGAUCUACCCGGGUAGCCUAUUACAGGGUGAAAGAGGAGGUCUUCCACGAGAACCCCCCAAUAUCCAUGUUCCAUGGGCUAAUAUCAGAAACAGAAAUGCGGGAAUUACUUUGCCGAGCGGAUAAACAGCUGAGACAGUCACUGACAACGGAGGAAAACAAACGUUGGACAAAGCACCGAGUCAGUCAAUCAGCUUGGAUGAAUGAUUCAGAAGACCAAAUGCUGACUAAAAUAAAUCAAAGGAUAAAGCUAGUGACUGGACUGAACACAGCACCCUCCAAGGAGAAUUCACUGGUGAACCAAUACGAGGUGGUUAACUACGGAGUGGGCGGGAUGCAUAUCGACCAUAUGGACGCUCUGGACUCCUCGGUUAGCGGCUUAACUGAUGAUAAUCCAAAUGGUUCUAAACUACUGUUGACACAGAAGGGGAGUCGGAAACCAAAGGAUAGUCAUGAUAAUGUUCCCCAUAUCUAG